GCCACGCCUCCCCCCGUCACGUGACAUGGGAAGACAGCGAUGGUGGCUGCUUGGGCUCCAAAAAGGCUCUUUCGCCUCUCCCUCUUGCUUUCUUCCCUCCAGCUCCUCCUCUCCUUUGCCCACAGCGCCGGGGUCGGGAGCUGUCGAGGAGAGCCGGGUCUCCGGCCAGGUGAGGCCCGGGAUUCUGAAGCUUGUGGGCUGAGCGUGCAGCUGGAGCAUUCGUUUGAACUGGAUGACAGUAUCAGAUUCAAAAAGCGAGGCACCCUUCUGUGGAACAUGAGCCCUGAUCCUAAUCUUUCACUAAGCCAGAAACAGUUGACUGAAGAGGAGCGCAACAAACUUAGGGAAGUGGCUACUGAGGGCGGGCUCUACCGCGUGCGGAUUCCACGACAGCCCCUGGGGAGCACAGAGGACAGUGGAGUUGAAUAUGUCACCUCUUUUGUUCGAGCGUGUUCCAUGGUGGAAUCCCAUCUGUCAGAUAGGCUGACAGUUCACACAGAUGUUGCUGGGAAUAUCAUUGGCCUUUCCAUUGUCACUGUGCCAGGCUCCUGUCAUGGGGCUGAGGUGGAGGACGUGGACCUGGAACUGUUCAAUACCACUGUCAUCCUACAGCAGCCCAUCCCAGCAGCAAUCCCUGAGACGGCAGCAUUUAUUGAACGCAUGGAGCAAGAGCAGGCCCAGAAAGCCAAGAAUCCACAAGAGCAGAAAUCUUUCUUUGCCAAAUAUUGGCAUUUAAUUCUGGGCGGGGCAGUGCUUCUUCUAGCAACCAGCUCUGCAACAGGCCCUCAGGAGCAAGGACGACAGGCCUGAGCAAAAUGGAUGUACAUUAUUCCCAUCGUCCUUUUCCUGAUGAUGUCUGGAGCUCCUGAUGCAGGAGGGCAAGGAGGGGGCAAUGGAGGCAGUGCUGGGGGAGGGGGGCGGUGAAUGGGUUGCAUCUUUUUGUGGAUUGUGGAA